AGUGUAAUCUGUUGUUUGGGCCUUUCAGAACGUGCAAGCAGCGCAGUCCCGUUUCAUUCACUGUGCAGCUGUACUUCGCUUAGUGUUUAUCUGGGCCACAUCAGCACUGAAAAUGCACCGCGUUUUAAUAAGUGUCCUUUGUAGUGCAUUUCUUUUUACUGUAAUAUUGUGCGAUAAUGAGACAGACCAGGAUGAGCAUAUCAAACACACUUACACAGUGGAGAUGUUCAACAACGCUAUUUCGACUGCUCCACACUUCGUGAUGUUCUUCGCACCUUGGUGUGGUCAUUGUCAGAGGCUUCAGGGGACCUGGAAUGAGCUGGCAGAUAAAUACAACAGCAUGGAAACUCCCCCUGUUUAUGUGGUUAAAGUAGACUGCACACAGGACACAAAGUUUUGCUCCAGCAACCAUGGGAUUCGGGGAUAUCCCACUUUGAAGCUGUUUAAACCUGAACAGGAGGCAGUGAAGUACCAGGGCCCAAGAGAUCUGCAUUCCUUAGAAACCUGGAUGCUGAAAACUCUUCAGGAGGAGACAGUGGCGCCACAGAGUGAGCCUGAGGCUCCCAAAGUGCCAGAGGCCCUGCAGGGCAUGUAUGAGCUUACUGCCUCCAACUUCAAAGAACAUGUCUCCAAAGGUGCUCACUUUGUGAAGUUCUUUGCACCAUGGUGUGGUCAUUGCAAAGCUAUGGCUCCCACAUGGGAGCAGCUUGCUAUCAGCUUCGAACACUCUGACUUGGUCAAGAUUAGCAAGUUAGACUGUACUCAACAUUAUGAGAUCUGUUCGGAGAACCAGGUGCGAGGCUACCCUACAUUGCUCUUCUUUACAGAUGGAGAAAAGGUAGAUCAGUACAGGGGAAAACGUGAUCUGGAGUCCUUUAAAGAAUUUGUGGAUAAUCAAUUGGCAGCUGCCUCUUUAAAAGUUAAAGCUGCUGCUGAGGAUGCAAAAGGCAAUGAAAUACCACAGAACACGGAUUCUGUUAAAGAUGAGUCCACUGUUAAAAUCCUCACUGAAAGCAACUUUGCCGAGUCUACUGCUAAAGGGAUUUCCUUCAUCAAAUUUUAUGCUCCAUGGUGUGGCCACUGCAAGAACCUGGCUCCUGUUUGGGAGGACCUAUCUAAGAAGGACUUUCCUGGUCUGACUGAUGUCAAGAUUGCUAAAGUGGACUGCACUGUAGAGAGAACCCUCUGCAACAGAUUUUCAGUGAACGGAUACCCAACACUGCUGAUAUUCCGAGGAGGCCAGUUGGUGGAAGAGUAUAAUAGUGGACGGGACUUGGAGAGCUUGCACAGCUUUGUCAUGAAGCAAGCCAGAGAUGAGCUGUAGCUCUACCUCAUUACUCAGAAUAUCCUAUACUUGUACCUGAUCUUGUUCUGUGUUUUCUCCCAUUUUUAUCAUUAAAUAAAAUCUGAAUGUAUUUGA